UCUUCUGUUCGUAUCUAACUAGUGGCCCGUCGAGUAAAUUUUGCAUCCCGACCAUAAAACCUCACUUCAUACACAAUAUAAGGAAUAUAGGAGAGGAUAAAUAUGUAAAGUGGCAACUUACAUGUGCAAAAUGAGCUUCGGUAAAAUCAUGUUUCCUGUGAUAUCGUUUCUUGCAGCUUUACGACUGUUGACUGAAGCUCACUCGUGUAAUAAUGGCAGAGGUGUUUACGUAUAUGAGAAAAUUCCAGACUAUGUUUUAAGCGAAGGUUUCGUUGGUGAAACUACGAAAGUUGAAGUGUUAACAAAGACAGGAGUAGGCGGAGAUGUAGCAAGAGAAUGCGGACAGUAUUGCCUUAAAAAUCAAAAUUGCUUUUCUUUCGGAUUCCUCCCGGGUAAAAGACGAUCAUCUCCAUACGCACCACCGACCGAUAAUUCUUGGAGAAAUGAUUUAUAUGAAGUUCCGACAUUAACAGCAGAUUACGACGAAUCUGUAUGUUAUAUAUAUCAAAAUAAAACAUCAGCCGUAGGAACAGAAAUUCUGGUUAAGAGACCAAUGUCAUGGCAUUUUAAUAAAAUCUGUCUAACUUCUCAAAAAUUAACAAGUGCAGUAGAAAAUUCUAUACUUUUCGCAUUUAUAAGAAUUCCUGGUUAUAAAUUUGAAGGAGAAAAUGAUAAAGAUGUAUUUGCGGCAAACAUUUCUGAAUGUGAAAGUAAAUGUUUUGAAGAAGACAUGUGCAGGUCUGCAACGUAUAAUAUGGCUGGUCAACGUUGUCGUAUGUCCACGCAGACAAGAAUGAUGAAUCCAAAAAAUUAUACUCAAGAUGGAAAUAGUGAAUAUUUAGAAAAUAUGGGCCUUCCUUUCCGCGAGAGAUGCCCUUCAGUUGGAUAUGCAUUAGAAGAAAAGAAAGCUGUAGAGGAAUUAUACGAAGCGGCUCUACUUUCUGUCUGGAAUACAGAACAAUGUUCUAAACAAUGUGAACUCGCUCAAACUUUUACUUGUCACGGCUUUCACAUAAAUGAGGUAUCCAGAACUUGCAUUUUAUAUGACGAAGAAAUAUCUGGAUACAACGAGAUCCCUCGUCCUGAAAUAGAUAACAGUGGUUCUUUACAUAAGGUCAUAUGCCACACACUUGAUCGAGACGGACUUGUCAACUAUGAUUGUCUUCGACGCAAGAGAUUGGAUGUGGAACAUCAAGUGGAAGUGAAAGCUCAUUCAUUCCAAGAGUGUUUAGACGAAUGUGUCAAGAGAUUGGGUCACUCUUGCCAAGCUGUCACCUACAGUUCCGGAUAUUUAUCUUGCCGAUUUAGUACAGAUCAGGACAAUAAGAGAAGUGGACGACCAAAACUAGUGGAUGACAAAUAUUACGAUUACUACGAACUUAAGUGGCUGCGAGGAGCUCCUAAUCAAGGACAUCCAGGAGGAUAUCCAGGAGGAAGUCACGGAUAUCAUGGAAAUCAUUUUGGUAGUCGUUCUGAUAAUCCUGGAAAUAGCUACAGUCCCUUUGGACCGGGUGGAAAUUAUGGAGGACAAUUCGGACCUGGAUACAUUCAAAACAGUAACUAUGGACAUCCUCAUGGUGGAGGGUAUGGCGGAAUUCAACACGGCAGCGGUUAUGGUGGAAUGCCUCAAGGAAGUGGUUACGGCGGCAUUCAUCAUGGUAGCAGUUAUGGAGGAAGACCAGGAUCUUACGAGAGAAAUUGGCACAGACCAGGACCAUCUUACCCAUAUGGAAACAGAUUUCGACCUCCGAUGUAUCCUCCUCGAGGUCCUCCUCCUAUUCAUGGAGGUUAUCCUCCUCUUCCACCUCGUGGUCCACCAUUUCCUCAGGGUGGAGGUCAUCCUCCUCCUCCUCCUCCAUUUAUGCCCGGUGGCUCUCCAGAGAUUUGUAAACCUGGAAUGCUAGGAAUGUUUCGAAGAGUAGGAACUGGAUUGCGUAUGAGAAACUUUUAUAUCCGUCGAGUUGUGAGAGCUGAACGAAUAGAAGAGUGUGAAAAGGCUUGUAUGGACGAAAAGGACUUUUCUUGUGUUGCCUUCAAUUUUAGAGCUGUUUUUCCAGACAAUUGCGAACUGACAGAUCAAGAUUCUAGACAGCUACAGCUCAUUAAUCCUGCCCAUUUUGAGAAAGAUUCUCAAUUUGAUUAUUACGAAAGGGAAGGAUAUGGUACUGGAAAUUCUGGUUGCAUGGAUGUUAGUCAAAGUUGUUCUUUGGAUGGAAUGGAAUUUUCUUUGAAAACAACAGAACCAUUUUUUGGUAGAAUUUACACUUACGGUUUUUAUGAUUCGUGCUUCUUUGAUGGCAAUGGAGGAACAGUAAAUGUGUUAAGAAUCAGCCGUCCGAAUGGCUUUCCUAGAUGUGGAACGCAACAAUAUGGUGAUUCUAUGACCAAUAUUGUUGUCGUACAGUUCAAUGAUUAUGUUCAAACAAGUAGAGAUAAGAAAUAUAAUUUAACUUGUUAUUUAUCUGGUCCUGGAGAAGCUGUUGUAACAUCGAAUUAUUUAGAUGCUAGGGUUGACGGAAGAAGGUUUCCAACACAAAUAGAACAUCUACCCGCUCAGGAUAUGCUAACAUCAAUAAUAAGACUGAUUAUUUCAUACAGAGGAACUCCAACAAAUACUAUUGCUGUUGGAGAUCUAUUAACUUUUAGACUAGAAGCUAGAGGACACUUUCAAUAUGAUUAUUAUUCUGAUAUAUUUGCAACAAACGUGAUUGCCAAAGAUCCAUAUUCUGGAAGACAAGUUCAUCUAAUUGACGCCAAAGGAUGUCCUGUAGAUUUAUAUGUUUUUCCGGAACUUCACCGCACCCCCGAUGGAGCACUGGAAGCUGAAUUUUACGCUUUUAAAAUACCAGAUUCUAAUUUACUCGUUUUUCAAGCGACUGUUCGAACGUGCAGAGGUCCAUGCGAACCAGUUAUAUGUAAUGAUCGCGAUCGUCCUGGAUCUUUUCCAUCUUGGGGAAGAAAGAAAAGGAGUGUCGUUGAUCCCGAUUCUAACUCUAAUCCUAAAGCAGAUAAUGUUACUGAAGAAGAAGAAGAUGUCCACGAACUAUUCAAAGUCUAUUUUGAACGAUCUGAUAUACCAUCGAAUCCUCCAAAAUCGAACAAAAUUACAAAAGCGCCGGUAUGCACGUUACAGUCAGGAUAUUACACACUGAUGGCAGUUGUCAUUGUACUGAUUUGUGUUAUUCUAGCCAUGUCUAUAGCUGCAGUUUUCUUUAUAAGAAAAUAUAAAUUGGCCAAAAAGGAAUGCAACACUUCUGGAACGAAUCGAGGUCUAAGUAAUUUAUACAUUAGCCGAUAUCCUGCAAGUGGUCGGAUAGAAGAUCCAAGUGAGCCAAUUUAUACAGAUCCAGCAUUAUUUGAAUCAGCCAGGAAUAUUAGACCAACGACGUUAACUCAAUUUGGACGAACAAAACCAGAACUCGAUUAAUUUUAUUCACCGAUUUGGAUACUUGACUUAAUAUAAUUCGGAGAUUUCUAUAUUUUUAUAAUGAAAAGUAUAUGGAAAACU